AUGCAGUUAUAUGGCAUCUGCUUCUCAUACCCAGUGGAGCGAGUACUUCAGGCAUUGCGGUUCAUCUGCCCGCCGUCUUCCAUUCUUUUCCUACCUCAUGUGUAUUACCAGCAACUAAGAAGGCACUUGGCCCGAAUGAACUCCAGUCCCGAGUCAUGCAGUCCUGACUGGUCGCUGUUAUUUGUUGCUGAUGCUGCUGCUGCUACCUUACCUAAGCGGCUCGCCUUAUCGCUAAGCACUUGCGUCACUGAUAACACCAUGCCAAAUCCCUGCCGCCCUUUCCCUGGUCAUCAGUCCUGUUUAAACUGGGGCUCUGUCGUCUUCUCAGAGCAGCACACUUCCAUCUCCGAUUCCACCUCCCAGAGAUCCUUUAGAAAGCAGUUCGCACAACCUAAUCCGAAGGUCAUCUUCCACUUGGAUAAGAGACAGGUCGCCAUCAAAGACAUCCCCGAGACGACAUCCCUUCUCUUGCCAACCGUUUCCCAAACAUCCCACUCAAUUCGCCCGUCUCCCUCAAUCGGAGCCGACGCAACCCCCCCUCCCAGUGCCCACUGUUUGAAGCUUUCCAACAUCAGACCAACCGACAACCACCAACAACACCACCACUGCACUGCUAAACCACAACCAUACACGGUCCCCUUCCAUUCCACCUCUUCGAAACCAUCCAUCCCCAGCAGAAACGGUCUCGCGGGCCAGCCACCUCUGCAUCGAACCUCGCUCACACGCACAUACUUCCUCCUCCUCCUCCCGCCUCACUCGAAGCCACAGACCGCAAAGGCCAUGUCGUCUCCACCAUGGGACUACAUCGCUAAACUCGUCUGCAUCGGCGACUCGGGCUGCGGCAAAUCCUCCCUCACCAUCCGCCUCUGCGAAGGCCGCUUCUCCCCGCACCACGACGUGACAAUCGGCGUCGAGUUCGGCUCCCGCAUCGUCCCCGUCGGCCCCCCCAACACUCUUCCACCCCCUCCCCCGGCCCCGGAACCAAAGACGAACCCGGACGGCAGCGCAUCCUCCGCCGGCCUCCCCGAACCCCCGCGUAUUUCGGCCACCGCCGCAGACCAAGGGCCCCAGAAGCACAUGAAGCUCUCCCUCUGGGACACCGCGGGCCAGGAAACUUACAAAUCCGUCACGCGCUCCUACUUCCGCGGCGCCAGCGGCGCCCUCCUCGUCUUCGACCUCAGCCGCAAACAAACCUUCCAGCACGUGACCGACUGGCUCAACGACCUGCGCCAGAUCGCCGAGCCCGACAUUGUCGUCAUCCUCGUCGGCAACAAGGCCGACCUCACCCAGGGCGAGGACGGGGACGGCAACAACAAGCGCGAGGUGACAAAGGACGAGGCCGAGGAGUGGGCCAGGAGGAAUGGCGUCUUCGAGUACGUCGAGACGAGCGCAAAGAGCGGCGAGAACGUCGAAAAGGCGUUUAUGCGCGUCGCCGAGAGGAUAUACAAUAACAUCCAGGCCGGGAAAUACGACCUCAAUGAUCGGAGGUCUGGCGUCAAGGGGCCGAGUGCGGGGGGCAAUAAGCAAGUGAGGAUAGGGGGCGACGCCAAUAAGGGCUCCGCCGGCGGCUGUUGUUAG